AUGGCGUGCGAAGGUUCAAGAAACAGAAAAAGAGUAGCUGAAACGGACGAACCUCUCGCCAUUCUCACCCUCGUCACCUUCUUGCACGAACAACAUCUGAGAUUGGAGGCAUACUUGAAAAUGUCUCUCAUUGUGUCAAAACCAAGCGCCGAGGGCUUUGCAUUUGAAUCUUUUGGUACCUAUCCUCCUCACCCGCGCCUUUUUCAAUCCAUGUUCUUGGUUGUUCCCUUCCACGAUCACCGGCACAUUAGAAUGACUCCAGCCCAGGAGGAUCUGCUUUCUGCUUGCCUCUGUUCGUGUUUCUAUUGCUUUAGCCCUUCAACCGAACUUAUCCUUUCGUCGUCUAUCGCAUUAUCACGACUUGGGAGUGCUGGAGAGAGUGUAGCAGAGUAUGCCAAGGUCCAUGAUCUCACCAGCGUCGAGGACUCUCCAAAAGUCGACAACGGUCUUGGAGAUACUGGCGAGAAGGGGAGAGGGGGCUGCAUCCUCGUGGAAGAACUUGAAGAGGACCCAAGCGUGGGAAGACUCGGGAGUUGUGAUGAGGGUGUAGCAGAGGAUGGAGAGAGCAUCGUCGUCGGAGAGGGUGUUGGGUCGGUGGAGGCUGGCACAGGGGAUAUGAUUGAGAAAAAAUCGGUGACAGUCGAUGAGAAAAUUGAGAGGUGUAGGGGACAUACCGUCAAGAGGGGGAUCACGUCUCUGAGAGUUGGUGGUCUUUCUGCUGUGAAUGGACUGGACAUGGAGAAAUACUUUGCGAUGCUUCUUUGGGUUCAGCAAGGACGCAGCAAUCUAUGCAGUGUAACUAAUAGCCUGGCGUCCCUUGCCAUCUCAUCUGAGACCUCGAUAGUCGUGUCAAUAGAUCAGGCCAGGCGUGUUGAAGUGCGGGCCUUGGGUUCACGUCCGGUCCUGGGGCUCCUUCCAUCCACUGCCAUCAAGUGGUACAACCCACCAGAGCUGGAGCAAGACUAG